GUGCGCCAUUUCCUCUCACUAGCUACAAUCUUACUUUGUCCAUGUCUGUGCUUGUAUCUGUGUCUGUGUCUCUCUUCCUCCAAGUCAGCGCCGUCCUUUGAACCUCUCCUUCCUUAUAGCUGCAACCAAAAACCACGACAAAACACCGCAGCCGCUGCCGUUCUGAAAAUGGCAGAUGAUUGGGAUCUUUACGCCGUUGUAAGGGGUUGCAAAUCAACCGCCCAAACCACUACAAAUACCACCGCCGCCGCCACCACCGCGAUCGUACCCACAACCCCUAUCCAUACACCGUCGGAUGAAUUCGCAGACGACCCUUUUUGGGAUUUGUUGAUCAGUUCCGACGAGUUAACCGAUCCGUUGUUCUCUUUUCCCGAUCUAGACGAUCCCAAAGACAAUGAUUUGCAAGAGCAGCAACAGUCCUUUUUCCCCAACCCCACCACCACCAACAACAACAAGAACAACAAUCCUAGCACUAACAACACCACCUUUGGACCUAAUAAUAUUAUUCCAAUUUCCCCCACUAUUUCUGACUUUGGAGGAUCUAGUGGUAGUGGCCAACAUCACCUCCAACAACAUCAACAGCAACAUCAUGCACAACUCCAACAACAGCUGCAGCAGCAGCAGAACCAGCAACAUCAUUUGAUGCCUGAUCAUUUCACCCGGGGAAUACCGGCUCCUGCUUUUCGAGGAAUCUAUGGCCAACAACAACAGCAAAUGAUGCAGCGGGGGUAUCAAAUUCUUCAACCCCGGCAGCCCCAAAAUCAGCAGGGAUUUAUGAGGCCCGGGUCCAUGAAUCCCGCUUAUCCUCUUCCUCGGCUACCAAUAACCAUGCCAUUGCACACCCCUCGCUCUCAAAGAAGAAGGAGAACCCAGCAAAAUAAAAAGGUGUGUGAAGUGAAAGCUGAGGAUCUCACGGCCGAUUUAUGGGCGUGGCGGAAGUACGGCCAAAAACCUAUCAAGGGUUCUCCACAUCCAAGGAACUAUUACCGAUGCAGCACCUCAAAAGGGUGUGCGGCGAGGAAGCAUGUGGAGCGGAGCACGACGGAUCCCAACAUCUUCACAGUCACAUACUCCGGCGACCACACUCACGCUCGCCCGACUCACCGGAACUCGCUUGCCGGUACCUCCAGGAACAAGCUGUCAGCUGCGUCUAAGUGUCAAAAGCAGCCAAUUAACAACGAUUCUGGUUCAGCAGCUGUUCCCAACCCCUCGUCUCCCACCACCGGACAACCCUUGACAGUCCAAGCUGAGGCUGUAGCCAAUAAGGACAAUUCUGACAAUUCACUUGACAAAGAAAAUGACGAAUUUAAUGAUGACGAUGAGGAGAUGGAUGAGACCGAGUACGGGGAUGAGGACGAGGAUGAUGAUGUUGUGAUCCCGGACAUGGACAUGUCGGAUGAGAUAUUCUUGGGGCAGAAGGAACUGGGUAGUACUAGUUCUAGCGGAAGUGGAAGUUCUUCUAUGGUGGGUGCUUCCGGUGAUAAUUUUUUGGAUAAUGUGCAAUCAAGUUUGGGGUCUUCUUGGACUGAUGCUAAUUGCUCCUCCGCUGCCGGAGCAACCGUUGGCAGUGGUUGCUAUUAGCCAACAAGUAGGGAGGAUGCAUAGGGUUUUUAUUUAACCUUUUAUUAUUGUGUUAGUUCUAUGAGAGAUAGAGAAAAAGAGAGACAGGGUUCUUAUAUUAUUAGAUUGUAUAGAAGAGACAGAGAAAAGAAUCUCUUCCUUCUUCCUCAUAGAGUUUCAGCUGUAUUUAUCUCUUCUUUUAAAUUGAAUAUGAAGGGUUUC